GACAAGUAAAAUAAAUGUGGCGGAUAUUGUUGAAAAACGGAGACAUCACACAGUUUCGGUAUAACGUCAGUUGAUGUUGUUUAAAGAAUCAGCCCACCGAUCCUGAAGAAAAUCUGCUUGGUGUCGACGACAAAAACGAAAACAAACAAAAGAUGGCAACUCAGGCGGUGGAAAUUUGCGAUUUGCCACCAUACACAGCGAUGUUGUGGUCUCAAUUCCAGGCUUGUCCACCUCUUUUGUACAAUCUAUUCGAGUCCACAGUACGCCCUGGAGAUGUGUCUCAUCGGUCCGACCGAGUGUUUGACAUGUCAGGAUCACUGAUCAGUCACAAACUGAGUGAGCUCACAGUGAAAAAUGUUGAAGAACUUCAUCGUUUGACCAAUGACCUACUCAGUAUGCCGAUCUUAUUCCACAUCAAAGUGGAACAUCAGCGUACCGACAACUAUGUUGUGGUCAAAGUGCGCAAGAAGUGGAAAGAUGAGUUUGCUGUGUUGGUCAACACAAGACAUCCCAGGAUUCGGGAAUUGAUCACUCACAAACUUACCCAGGCCAUGCAGUAUAUGCAGGAAGGAAAAAAUUUUUGCCUGAAGCUGGACUUUGGACCUAGUGUCAGACAAUGGUACAGUGGCAUCGUUGACAGCCAAGUGUCCUUCUGUGACAAUCGCUCUAACAACGACUCGGGUCACAUGACUAUUUGGGUGACAAACUACUCAACACCGAUGGAGUGUUGCACUUCACUUCUGUGUAUUUGCCUUUGCUUUCCCCUCUGGCUUGUGUGUGGGGGACCGUGUUAUGUGACUCACAGAAAACUGAAAUGCAUUGAUGAAGAACAAGAAUUCACCGACCUUCCUGUGACCUUGUUGUCUGGAGUGACCCGAACUGUCACUAUUCAGCAUCAGCCACCUGUUCCUCAGGCCCCUUAUUACCCAUCAGCCCCACGGAGUCAACAGUAUCCAGCACAAAAUCCAAUGGCACAGCCGGCUUAUAACAUGCAAGGCAUGCCCCAGGGACCACAAGUACCACUGGGCCCACAGGGUCCUUACCCUACAGAGGCACCCCCGAAUUACCCUGGACCACCUCCACAGUACUCAGCCUGAUUCAUCAGUAGAGUUUCUGAUCUGAUUUGUCAUGACAUGCCAUGCACAGGACUUCGUAGUAAUGGAAUAUUUCAACACAGACAUAUCUUUGAUCUACUUACGUAUCCUAGUGCUAAAUUUAGUAAUUGACCUUAAGCCAAGUUACAGACCAAAGGUCAUGAUAUAAAAAAAUCAUGAGAGUGAAUGAUGACAUUCACAUUGUUGUCACAGAGCCUCCAAUGACUCCAGGAUUACCCCAGUGUUAAAUGUAGUGCUGUAUUAUAUUCAAAGAUGCUCAAAGUGGUGGAGGACUUGUAUGAAAAGUGCUUUUUGUAUCAAAAUGUACCUGGUAAAUAUUGCCCACUGUGACUUCAAAUUUGUUUUUGUGUGCAAUGUCAUAGAUGCUUUCAUUCAGUAUCAAAGUUAAAUGUAAUACAUAAUCCAAAAUUGAAUUUCCUUCCUUAUAAAAAUGUCUUUAUAUUUCAUAAUGAUGUAUUUAUAAUUAUUUGAGGGGGUUGGGGGGAUUAAAAUGCCUGGAUUGGAACAUUUUACUUCAUUUAAUAUCAUUAUGUAUUUAAUAUGAAACUCAAAUUUAUUUAUUGCUUUUUAAGCAUAUUUUUGUUAUUAUUUACAUGCAAUUUUCUUUUCCUUUUUGAUUGUAAUUGUGGUCAUCAUUUUGUUGUGUAAAUUUUAUUCAAACAUCAAAAGAAUCACUACAUCUUUCUAUGUUCACUGAAUUGUUAAUUACACAAUCCCAAAUUUAAAUCUUUUGUCUUGAAAUUCUUAUCUAAAGCAAUGUAUAAGGAUAGAAGAUGAAGGCUUGAAGCAGCUGUCACAUUUUUGGAUUUUUAUGAUUCUGUGUAGUUCAAGAAAAACUUAGGUAGGUACAUGUGUAGGUAUUGUUUUGUAUCCAUUUCAUUUUUUUUUUCAUUUUGUAUUGUUUUUUUCAUGACUUUUUUUACUUUGAACCAUACUAAUUAAUGAUUUCAAACGUCUCCAGAGAUUUAAAAUAAAAUUCUAAAUUUAUUUUGUUUGUGUAGACAAAACCGUCCUGUUGAUAAUAUUUUUAUUGGAAUAUCAGCAAAUGGCUUUCAUCAUUGUGUGUGACAAUGAACUCAUUUCUGCUUUCAAAAUUUGGCAUUGGUUAUAAUCAGAGACGUAUUAGAAUAUAACAUCAAUGUUUUGUGACGGAGUUUUUUAUUUUUUCCUUUUUCAUAUGAAAACCUGACGAUAAAGGUAUCAUAAACUUGUCUUUAUUCGCGUAGAAUUCUUGCCAAGUUUGAUUAUUUGUAAUUUGUCGAGAACAUCAGUUGAUGUGUGCCAUAAAUGAUCAUUACGAGAUGUCCUCAUGGUCAGCUUUAUGUAAAGUUAGGCUGAACUGUAUAGGGACCCUAAUAUUAACUUUACUCACUUUCGAGUGGUUGUAUAUAUACAUUACAUGUGUUUAUGUUCUGUUUGGUUUCAAAAAGUUGUUUCUGAUCUAAAAGUGGAAGCAUUUUUUCUACAUAAAUGGUUGUGUUGAUAUCACAAUUUAAUUUUGCAUAUGUGUUGUAGUAAGUAUUGGAAUGUAAACAUACUUUAAAGUGAAAGAUACAAAAUGUAGGACAUUUCAUUGUUGAGAACCCAAGAGCAUUUUCUGCAUGGGUUACCGACCAUGGACCUAAUUAUGAUUGAAAUUAACUUGAUUAACUUAUUUUAGAGGAAAGUAAACUUCAAUGGAAUCAUUGAAAAAAAAAAUUUAAAAAAAUGAUUAUUUUGAGAUAACUAAAUGCUUUGUAUGAAGUAUUGGUGAUGUAACUUACAGAUACAUCUAGGGGAAAUAACUCUGACGAACAAGAAUAUGUUGAAAUAAUUUCUGUUUAUUUUUACGCAAUACCUAGUACAUGUUGUAUAUUAUUGAUAAGUACUUUACCACUUACAGAAAGUCAUAUAUCCAUAUCUAUGGAAAUGCUUUACAUAUUUGUGAACAACAUACUCUUCUACUUUUUCUUUGUAAACAAACUGCUGGUGAAAAUAUAGGAAAUGCUGAUUACCAUUACCGAAAAAGUACAUGUAGUUGCUUAGUGGCACAGUUAUGAUACAAUAUGUCCUGUAGUUUGUUUCAUAUUGUUGGUGCACAUGGAUAUUAUUAUUCUCAAUACAAUUCACACUGUAUAAUUGAGUAUAUGUACUUAUAGUUACAUCUAUUAUGUAAAAAUAUUACAAAUCAGAAAAUAUUUAUUGCAAAAUCCUUUUUAAACAAAUGGCCGUUUUACAAGGCUACUUCAACAUUAAUUGGAACUUUACUUAAUGAAUGGUAUAUUUUCUACUUUUUUUUAAUGUCAGCAAAAGUAUAGUACCAUGUGUAAUCUUAUGUCUUUAUUGAUAUAAAUCUAUAUGUGGAAUUUUUUCCAUUAAAAGAAAUAUAAUAAAUGUCAGAAAUUUGAAAGUCAAUGUUAGACAAAACUUUACUUAGCAAUAGUUAGAAGAAAAAAACGCUUCUCUGUUAUUUUUAUCUUAUGAUAUCACAUGACUGUAUUUUGUCAAAGAUAUUGAGUAUUUUUGCAUUUAAGCUGUAAGAGUGAUUAACAUUACAAGGAUAUGUAUGAAUAUUUUAAUAAAUGUAUAUUAUAAA